AUGAUACGCAGCCUAGGAGUCGGUGAGGAUGAAGUCGCCAAAUGGGUCGGGUUUGCCUCGGCAACAUUUUCAAUUUGCCAAUGCUUAACCGCCGUGCCGUGGGGUGCACUAGCCGAUCGAGUUGGCCGAAAGCCAAUCAUCCUAUGCGGGCUUUGUAUCACGAUGAUAUUCAGUUUACUUCUGGGGUUUUCAACCUCACUGCCCAUGGUUAUUCUAUCACGGGCUUGCAUCGGUUUGGGAAACGGUAACGUCGGGAUUAUUAGGACUGUUGUUGCAGAGCUGGUACCUGAGAAAGAACUUCAACCGCGAGCAUUCAGCCUGAUGCCGCUGGUAUGGACUGUUGGGAGUAUCUUUGGCCCUGCAUUUGGAGGGGCACUAGCGGAUCCUGCGAAAAAACAUGAGAAAUGGUUUGGCAAUAGUAAAUUUUUCAAGAAAUAUCCGUUUGCCUUGCCCAAUAUUGCUGUCUCGGUGUUUUUUGUUAUUGGGAUAUUCACUGGAGUUCUUUUUCUGCAAGAAACUCUCGCGUCGAAAAGAGGCCAUCAAGAUUAUGGCCUGACCCUAGUUAAGAUCCUCAAAAGACCAUUUGUGAACCGCAAGGCGCGAAAAACUUCCAGUAGCUUCAUUGUCGACGAGACAGAACGCCUGCUAGGUCCAGACAUUCACCGAAACGACACCAACAAAAGAGCACACAGGCCCAACUUGCCAUGGUCGCAAAUACUGACCCCGCAGUCAAAUCUCAUUUUGGUGGCUUACGCCAUGAUGUCAAUGCAUACUGUGGCAUAUGACUCCGUAUUUCCCGUAUUUCUCAACCACAAACCACAGAACUAUGAAAACAAUUCAGAUGUGAAGCUUCCAUUCAAGUUCUCUGGAGGGUUCGGCAUAGAUUCUCAACAAAUCGGCAUCCUCUACACCAUCAUUGGCGUAGUCGGAAUGUUGAUCCAGUUUCUCAUCUUUCCCCAUGCUGCGCACCGCUAUGGCGUCCUCAACUGUCUAAAAGCCGCUUCUAUAGUCUUUCCAGUCACGUACUUCUUGACUCCCUUCCUGGUUCUCUUCCCCACCAGCGCCUCCCGCCAGCUGGCAGCAUUCGUGCUCCUGUGCUGCAAACUGACUUGUGUCGUAUUCUCAUUCCCAUGUUGUACGAUCCUGUUAACCAACUCAGCCCGAAGCGUAAGUGUGUUGGGGACGUUAAACGGAGUAGCGACCAGUGUGUCUGCAAUUGGAAAAGCAGUGGGCCCGGCAGCAUUGGGGGGAGCCUUUUCUCUAGGUGUCAAGAAGGGCUAUAUGAUUUUGCCUUGGUGGAUGCUAGGGAUUAUUGGAACUUUGAGUGCACUGCCCGUGUUUUGGGCUCAGGAGAGUGAUCGCUUUGUUCAUAAUAGCGAUGACAAUGACUGCGACGACGAGAGCGGAUUUACGAAUGCGGAUGGAAAUGUGGAAGAUGAACUUCCACAAUACCAAGAUGACCACGACGGAGCAAUCGAAAGGUAA